AUGGGGGUGAAACGAAAGAAGACGAGCAAUAGGAACAAGCACGGGACGGCGGUAGAACACGGGGGACCAACGCAGCAGGGAAACAAGGCGUUCGGGCACCAGUGUUCAGACAGAGCGGGAUGUUGCAGUGGCACUGGGCCAGUGAGUGCAGAGCCGUUCGUCUCGAUGACUAUGGAGCUUCCCGGGGCUCUAAGAGUUGGGAAGAUGGGUGGCAGGACGGGGAGAAAUGACGAGACAGGUAACCCGAUAACCAGCUGCACGGUGGCGUGUUCGACAAGCGUGUCAGCUGGGAGGGCAGGAUUAGAUGUAGAGAAAAUGAGACGAGGAAAAAGGAAAAAAAGGGUCGAAGAGAAUAGUGAUAAGAGAGAGGAGGUGUGUGUGGUCAAUGAGAAAGGAAAUAAACAGCCAGAGAGGAAUCGGUCUGAGAAACUCGAGUGGGAGAUUGAAGGUACUAGACUUCCCAAGGCCCUUCUUGGGGAUCUGCCCGUUGGUGCUCGUCGUCGGUCGGGCAAGGUACACCCUCUUCCCGUCGCUUGGUAUUUUAAAAAAGAGAUGUAA